AUGGCGAAGGGGUCCCCCAGUGGCAGCCGAGCACAGGCAGGAGCGACAGAGGAGACAGCACCACCGGCGGCAGCUGCAGCAGCAACAGCAGCAGCCGGCCCACUCAACACCGCAGACGUAGAAGUGUCGCCUUGCUGUGCCCCAGCGGCUCCUUCAGCAGCUGCUUCAGCUCCAUCCGGAUCAGAAGCAGCAACAACUGCUGCUGCAGCAGCAUCAUCAUCAUCAUCAGCAGUAACUGCUGCUGCCUCAGAGCCUCCUCUGUCAAACUUUACCUUGCUGGUUGGUCGGCGUUAUAUUCUCGUUGUGGGAAGCACAGACCGUCUCCCCGCAGUUCACGAUGCAGCACAGCAGCAGCAGCAGCACCAACAACAACAGUUGCUGCUUCAUCCACUGCGGCAGCAGGAUGAACAGCAGCAGCAGAUUCAAAAAUGGCUGUUGGGGGGAGACGGGAGGACGUGGAGGCGUCUGCAUUCUUUGCUGCUGAUACACAAGCAGCCGACGCUCCAGCAGCGGCAGCACAUGAAAAGGCACUUCUAUUCGCAGCAGCAGCAACAACAGCAGCAGCAGCAGCAUCAACAUUGUUUCCACCGGCCUCCGACGUGGGAGCGGAUAGGCCGAAAGCUGAUGACAACAGAGGAAACAGCAGGCUGCCUGAGGAACACGCUGCGGCUGCUGAGCGAUCAGCCGCAGCAGCACAUUUGCUGCUCGGGGCUAAUCGGUUUCUUACCGCUUGUCUGCGGCUUCCAUCUCGUUGCUGCUGCUGGUGCACAACCCGCGGCGCGUUUGCUGCUGCACCACACAGUGUAUGCGGUGGAUAGUUUGCUGCUGCUGCCUCUCUUCUUUGAUGCGAGCACUACGCAGGAGGCCGCAGCCUUCUGCUGCAGAACCCCCCCAACUCUCGGCUUGCUACACUUUCUGCAGCAGCAGCAGCAACAGCAACACCAGCAGCGGCAUAGCCAGGUGCAGAAGCUAAGACCGCAAUCAGUGCAGCAGCAAGAGCAGCAGCAAGAGCAGCAGCAAGAGCAGCAGCAAGAGCAGCAGCAACAUGUUUUGUUCCUGCAGGAGGUGCAGGCUCUGUGCCGGGGCCUGGCAGGCUUGUCGUUGACCUCGGGACCAGCGGCAGCAGCAGCAGCAGCAGCAGCAGCAGAAGACGCUAAGUACAAGGCAUCGGUUUUCGCUUAUCAUGCAGACAGGGGGGUUUACUUCUGUCGUACUCUCUGUAUCAACAUCUCGCUCCAGCAGCUAGCGGCUAGGAGACAUGCUGCACGUGCUGCAGCGGCUGCUGCUGUUGCUGCUGAGCCCCCAGCUGCAGCAGAUGCAGGAGCAGCAGCAGCAGCAGAUACUGCUGCUGCUGCUGCCCGCGCAGCGUUGUUUCACGACCUCUAUCUGAGUUGCGAGGUUUACCCAGAAGACGGCAGCUGCAAGCAGCAACAGGAACAGCAGCAGCAGCAGCAGCGAGGGCCUGGCACCCGCUGGCGCUGGUCGCCCCUGCACCGGGAGGAGUGCCGAUUUUUGUGGAAUCGAGAGCUGCUCUCGUUGCUGCUGCAGCAGCAGCAGGCGGAGUUGAUAUCUGAGGGCUUUUUCCUGCUGCUGCUUCAUGGCUCGGUGCAGCAGCAAGUGCUGCACACGCAAGGAGUGCUGCUGCAGCUGCUGACGAUCUCAAGGCGUUCUGCUGCCUUCGCAGGGCCUCGGUACCGAAAGAGGGGCCUUAACGACGCUGGAGACGCCGCAAAUGAAGUGGAGGUGGAGUUCGUAUGUAUGGCCACGAUGCCUUCUCGCAGCGCCUCAGAAGCAGCGGCUCUGCAGGCAGUAGCAGCAGCAGCAGCAGCAGCAGGCACGCCUGCUGCACUGUGGCGGCAGAUGCUGCUGCGAGGGGGAGGUGCAUUUGAAGCUGCUGUUGCUUCGCAUGUCAUCGCGAGAGGCAGCGCGCCGCUGAUGUGGUGUCAAGACACCACAGUUAUCCCCUCCAGACCCAGAAUUCAACGGAGAAUGACGGACGUGAAUUGCAGCGCGAUAAGGAGACACAUGGCGAGUUUGCUGCAGCGAUACGGCGCUCCUCUCCUGCUGUUGAAUCUGCUGCGGAACAGCCCCCGCCUGGGGCCUCCCCCAGCACAGCAGACAGCUCCGCGUGCAUUUGCUGCUGCAGCAGCUAGGCUGGGGGAGCAGCAGCAACAACAACAGCAGCAGGGAGUUGCGUUAGGACCGGCAGCAGCUGCACGUGCUGCUGCAGCUGCGGAGGAAGACAGCCACAGCGAAGAAGCAGCCGCAGCAGCCGCAUCUGUAGCGGACCAAGAAGCCUGUCUUGGGGAGGAGUACCGAAAAGCUGUUGCAGCCCUGAACGCAGAGCUGCCUGCUGCUGUACAGCUGCGGUUUGCUGCGGUAGAUAUCGAAGCAGCAAGACGCAGCAACCCCCAGGGCACCUCCGCAUGGGUUGGGGUCCUUGCGGCAAAGACAAUUAGGGAGCUGCAGUUCUUCGCAACCAAUGAGUCCGCUAUUAAGACAAUUCCCUUGCAGCAGCAGCAACAACAAUUAGUAGCAGCAGCAGCAGCAAUGGUAGCAGCAGCAGCAGCAGCGGUAGCUGCAGCACCAGCAGCAGCUGCAACAGUAGCAGCAGCAGCAGCAGUGAUUGUAGUAAUAGUAGUAGUCAGACCUUUGCUGCUGCAGCGGGGUGUCUGUCGUCUGAACUGUCUCGACUCUCUAGACCGCACCAAUGCGCUGCAGCUGCAUAUUCACCGCGCAUUCGUUCUUUCUUUUAUGAGGGCUCUUCCUGCUGCACUAACCAUCGAUAGUGCCCUAGAUGAACAGGUGUUGCGCGCCAUAGCCGCCCUCACGGACAGUAGCGGCGACGACCUCGCCCUUCAGUAUGGAGGGUCGGUGGCGCACAGGAAGAGGCUCGAGCCGUUGGCCUGGGCGGCUCAGCUGCCUCGGGGAUCGUCUCCUGGAGACGAUCCCAGCGGAAACCCCUGGAGCCUCUUUAGUAGAGUUGCAAGCAGCAGCAGCAGCAGCAUCAGCGGCACUUCCUUUUCUCAGUUGUCGCCGCCGCCUCUCGCAGCAUCCGUUGCAGCCGAUGAAGCUGGUGCCGCAGACGAACAUCGCACUGGUAGCAGCAGCAGCAGCAGCAGCAGCAAAUCCAGCAGCCUUUUGAGCAGCGCAUUGUCUGCUUUGCAAGGUGUCUCCUCAGCGUUGGCUCUUCAGUGGGUUGGGGGUCGCAGCAGCGGCGCCACGGUGCUGCCGCUGCUGCCGGGCCUCUCCACUUCUCUACAGCGCAGGUAUAGCAACGUGCUAGAGGACGGGCGGAAGCAGCAAGCCUUAAAUAUCUGGUUUUGCUUGUCUUCUCCCUCCGCGAGACAAAACUUGAGAACACCCAUUUGGCGCUUAGAGGACAGCUACGAUCUGUACAUACACCACAACUUUCUUGAGCCAUCUUUUUCUCCGAAGGACUGGUGGGUGCUGCCGCUGCAGCGCUUCUUUAACGGCAUGAAGGCAUCUCUCACCACCUCCCGCUGCAGCAGCAGCAGCAGCUACGGCUGCUGCUGCUCCUGCAUGCGCACUCCCCAGCAUGAACAGGCAGGGGCAGCGACGAGCGCAGCAGCAGGAGCAGCAGGAGCAGCAGGAGCAGCAUCAACUGCAAUGGCUGCAAAGGGGCUGCUGGGCUGCUGCGGCUGCGGCUGCCAGGUUGCCAGCAGCGGUCAGUUCACUGUUGCUGCUGCUGCUGCAGCAGAUGCGUUUUUCCGCUCUCGUGGGCCACUCUGGGUGAAGGACUUCUUAGCGCUACCGUCUUCAGCGGCCGCUCCAAGCAGCAGCAGCAGCAACAGCAGCAGCAACAACAACAGCAUCAGCAACAGCAGCGGCGUUCCUGAGCCUGAGGAUGAUGAGCGCUGUCUCUUGGAAGUGUUCACGUAUGCCCCUUGGCGCAGACAAGCAGCAGCAGCAGCUGCUGCUGGUGCUGCUUCUGGGGCUGCAGCAGAGGUGACCGCCUGCCAGCUGCCUGGCAAAAGGGUCGGGGCCAACGUGUCAGCAGCAGAACCAGCAGCAGCCGCAACAACUGCAGCAGCAGCAACAUCACCAGCGGCAAUUGCAGAUGGACCUGCCUCUGCUGUUGUUGCUGCUGCUGGCCCUGCUGCUGGUUCAGACCCUGAGAAUAACGCAGCGCGAAGCGAGUAUAAUACGGAAGGCAGCAGCAGGGGAAACAACAGCAGCAACAAAUCAUUCUCAGCGCAUGCAGAACUGCAGCAGAAGCUGGCGACCCGUGCAUCUGUGGGGCGGUCUUCUCUGGCUUUGCUACUGCCUAGCCUCAUAGACACGGAAGCAGCAGCAGCAAGAGCGCUGCAGUGCUGCUACGCGCUGCUGCUACGGGAGCAGGAGCAGCGGUGGACGUACACUGCACUGCAGCAAAUGCAGCAGCAGCAGCAAGAGGAGGAACGCAGGGGCAGCAGCUUCAUCUCCAGGUGGGUGUCCGGGCACUUGGUGCUGCAGCAGCGCAGCAGCAGCAACGCGCUGCAGCAGCGACUGCUGCAGGCACACAGAGCACGACGGCUCAGGGUGCAAGCAGCACACCUCAAGGCCUCUGACGUAGAGCAGAAGCACCCAGCAGCAGUUUUCUGCUGCCGGCGCUGCUGUACACCUCGUGCUGCAGCGGCCGAUCCGAAGGCGCUGCUGCUGCUGCUGCCGCAAGCAGCAGCACAGGCGCCACAGGGGGACUCCGCAGGAGUCAACAACCAGCAACAGGAGCAGCAGCAACAGCUGCUACUCCUGCGAGAGGAAGCAGAAUCGUUUAAGCGGAUCCUGCAGGAACAGCUACGAAGAGGCCUGGAGGUGUACGUGCAGCAGCGGCAGCUGCAGCACAAGGAAGCACUGACAGGGCUUCCGCUUGAACUCCAGCAGCAGCUGCAGCUCACCAGCAGCAGGCGCACCAGCGGCGUAAACUGCCGCCUUCGAGCAGCAAAUGGAAGGAGCAGCAGCAAAAGCAGCACUUGCUGCUGGGAAGCAGCACUUGCUGCUGCUUCAGACACGGUACUACAGCCCGUGGAGCUGCAUGCACAGCAGCAGCAGAUUCACCUUGCCAGACUGCGGCGGCAGCAGCGGCAGCUGCAGACGCGUUUGCUGCUCCCAGCCAUGUAG